UGUUUAUUCUAGAAGCUCAGUUCUCUCAGGCCCUACCCAUAAGGAUGCUACCGAAAACAGUUCGGAUCCUACUCUGAAUCCUUAGAUCUGCCUAUCAAUUGAGUUAUUUUAGAAACCAAGUAUCAGCCGCCUAAGUUUGAGUCCUACUUUUAGACGUCUCGGCUCUCUGAUCUCGAAAAACUUGUCCGAGACUUCUCCUAUGUCAAGUAGGAAGAGUGCUACCGCAGUAAUUGACCAUUGAAGGAUGUGAAGUUUGAGCUAGUAGUGGUAGUGAAGGUGCAUUCUUUUUUUUGUUUUGUUUUUGUUUUUUUCGAGACAGGGUUUCUCUGUGUAGACCUGGCUGUCCUGGAACUCUCUUUGUAGACCAGGCUGGCCUCGAACUCAGAAAUCCGCCUGCCUCUGCCUCCCAAGUGCUGGGAUUAAAGGCAUGCGCCACCACCGCCCAGCGUGAAGGUGCAUUCUUUACACACCCAGCCUUAUUACUGACCACCAGUAGUCGCACCAACAGUACCAGCUCCCAGCACAUAGCACUUGUGGGGUCCCAUUCCAGACCUACUAAAUCAGAUUUAAAUUAUGACUAUCCCGAGUGGUUAGAAUGUGCCUUGACCUUUGAGAAGCACUGUUUCUACAGCACUCAAACUUGUCCUUCUAAACCUUUAGUUCACUUAUGGAAGUGUAGCUGUCAAGCCAGUCUAAUUAACGUUGCCAUUUUCCGGUGCGUGUUCUUUUUUUUUUUUUUUUUUAAGAGGGGUACUUUACUAGAGGAGAAAUUGACAUUACAUUCUUAGCAAUGACACUUAUUAUUUAAAAUAAUGGAAACGUUAAACGAGUAAUGUACAUACCAGGCAUAAGUUUAAAUAGUAAUAAGACUGUUUUCUUUAGACUAUCUCAACUUAUGGAUGACAAAGCUAAAGCCACACACUAGUAAUGAUUUACUUAUCUUCAAGAAGAGUAUACAAAUACCACAAAAUGGUCUACAUAAUGUUCUGAAGUGAAAUUGUAUGCUUGUCUCAUUUAAGUUCCACAUGUUCAGUUUUAUACGAGAGAGCAAAAUGUAACAGGUGAAUGAAAGUUCUUAAUAAGAAAAGGUUUUAAGAGAUGCAGUGUGGCCUGCAGUUCAGCUGCUUGGUCAUUUUCAGGACAUUCCUGAAAGCAAGAGUUCAAGGGCAGACUAGACAGUGGCUCAGAAAGCAAAGAUUUUUCGGGAAAGUCUGGGUGUUGUAGUUUCUGAGACAUUACCAUGCAUUCGUUUUAAAAAUUUAAUCCCCACAUUAAAAAUGAAAGUAACAUUGUAAAAGUAAAGACUUUAGAGUUGGCUGUUCAUCAUCCUGCAAGGUCUGUGUCUUGCCCUUAACUUUUUCCGGUGUGUUAUUUUAUGUGAAAUGGAAGUUGGAUGUAAACUUGAUGAGAUCCAAGUUAAACUAAUUUAGCAAGAAUGUCUGGGCGCGUGGUGGCGCACACCUUUAAUCCCAGCACUCGGGAGGCAGAGGCAGGCAGAUUUCUGAGUUUGAGGCCAGCCUGGUCUACAAAGUGAAUUCCAGGACAGCCAGGGCUAUACAGAGAAACCCUGUCUCGAAAAAAAAAAAAAAAGUCUCACAAGGAAGUGUGAACUUCGUACUAUGUACAUGUUAAAAAAUAGUUCUGGGUGUGUACUGGCUAGUUUUGUGUCAACUUGACACAGGCUGGAGUUAUCACAGAGAAAGGAGAUCCAGCUGCAAGGCAUUUUCUCAAUUAGUGAUCAAGGGGGAAAGGCCCCUUGUGGGUGGAACCAUCUCUGGGCUGGUAGUCUUGAUUCUAUAAGAGAGCAGGCUGAGCAAGCCGGGGAAGCAAGCCAGUAAAGAACAUCCCUCCAUGGCCUCUGCAUCAGCUCCUGCUUCCUGACCUGCUUGAGUUCCAGUCCUGACUUCCUUUGGUGAUGAACAGCAAUGUGGAAGUGUUAAUGAAUGGUCACUGAAGAUCAGAAAGGAAAUGAGAGUUGUUGACAGGCAAAUAAGAGGAAGCAGCCGUGACAGUGGUGCUCCUUCACCCAUUUCAGGGUUUCAGGACAGAGUCUGAAGAUGGGGAAUGUAGGACUUCUUCACACGCCCCUUCUGAUUUUCACAACAUACAAAACAUCUACACCGGGAUCUUUCCAAGCAACUUUUUUGGGAAUAUCCAAAGAGAAGAAGAGAAAGUAAAACGGUCUGUGAAAGAUGCAGCCAAGAAGGGCCAAAAGGAAGUCUGUGUGGUUCUGGCCAAGGAGAUGAUCAGGUCAAGGAAAGCCGUGAGCAAGCUCUAUGCCUCCAAAGCACACAUGAACUCUGUGCUCAUGGGCAUGAAGAACCAACUCGCGGUCCUGCGAGUAGCUGGUUCUCUGCAGAAGAGCACAGAAGUGAUGAAGGCAAUGCAGAGUCUUGUGAAGAUCCCAGAAAUCCAGGCCACCAUGCGGGAGCUGUCCAAAGAGAUGAUGAAGGCUGGAAUCAUAGAGGAGAUGUUAGAGGAUACAUUUGAAAGCAUGGAUGAUCAAGAAGAAAUGGAAGAAGCAGCUGAGAUGGAGAUUGACAGAAUCCUCUUUGAAAUCACAGCAGGAGCCUUGGGCAAAGCACCCAGUAAAGUAACCGAUGCCCUUCCUGAGCCUGAACCCGCAGGAGCGAUGGCUGCCUCCGAAGAGGGAGAAGAGGAAGAAGAUGAAGAGGACCUGGAGGCUAUGCAGUCACGGCUGGCCACACUCAGAAGCUAGGGCCACCCAGUUGGGGGUCUCAACUCUCUGGUGUCCUCCUCUAGGUGUGUAUCUGGCCUCUGAGGAGUCACCAUUUCUUGUAUCUCUUGCACUACACCUCUGCUGUGAAGCAUUACAUUUGGAGAGGGUUCUGUGCUGGUAUAUCUUCACGAUCUGCAGAGGAUUUAAGGAUUGCUUUUAUGAAGGUGGUGUAAUCAAAUGUAUUAUUUUCAGGAGCAUAAAUAGCAGAAGUAUCUUCCUUGGGGGAGGGCAAAGAAAUCCAUUUUCUCAUGAAGCAAUUUUGAGAAGAGUAGAUUGAAUGAUGAGGACUCUAUAUUUGGUGUGUAUGUGUAAAAUAAUAUAUUAAUGGAUGUCAAUAAACUUCUGCUUUAGCUCUUGGUCUCAUUGUAAAUGUCACAUGCAAUGAACUCAAGAUAUUAAUCUCCCAGAUUGUCUCAGUGUUGGCCUUGGAAAGAGGACAUGCUAUCUCCAAGCAUCGGGACAUGGGAGCUUAGCAGAAGUACCUUCAGCUCCGGGGCCGCUGGUCCUGCUCUUCACAGGCUGGUUGUGGGGGCCACUCUUGUGCAUUUUGUCAUUUGUCUAACCUUCGGGUUAACGUGCUGUGUUGACUGAAUGACCAUAUCAUACACUGGUGUGUACAAGGGAGUUUUUACAGCUGGUAGGCAUUCUUCCCCACUGCAAGUGAAAUGCAGGACAGUUAGAUCUGGGAUCAGGACUCUUGCAGUCCAUCCCUGCUUGGAGCUAAGUGUCUUGUACCCAGGGACGUAGCCUUAACCAUGAGCAGGAAGAGCUAACCAGGAAGAGGUUUGGAUUAUGCAGUGAAACACACACAGCAGAGCAUGCUUUAGAUGCAUUGAGAAAUAGCCCAGCAGUAGCACUGUGUGGAGCAGUUUGAAAAGCUUUCUGGUAUGCAUGAUCUUCACAAAUGAGGACAGCUGUCAUCUGAAGUCACAAACCCUAAAGUACAAUAGCCAGUAUCCGCCAGUAUUGUACAGAAUGGCUUUGUUACCCAAAACACAACCCAUGUGCUGUUCAUUGCUUCCUCUAAUCCCUUGGCACCCACUGACCCGGUUGCUGUCUCCAUGGGCUUUCCUUUCCCAGCCUUUCAGUAUGUCUUCCCUCACGUGGUGAUAUGCAUUUACGUUCCUCCGUGGAUUCAUGACUUGACUGUUCAGCCCUUCUCAUUGAGCAGCGUUCCAUUUUCUAGCUGUACCACAGCUUGUCUUGAAGGCCACCUGGACUGCUUCUGAGUUUGGGAGUUUGAAGCAAUGUCUGUAGCAGGUUUCCCUGUGUGUUUUAAUUCCUCUGGAUACCAGAGAGCUCAACCCUGGGAUCAUGUGGUCAGCACAAACCUGUGCUGUAAGGUAAACCAGCCGUGCAGAGCACGUACUGUCCCCGUCUCAGGAGGAAGAGUUCUGCCUGCCAUCCUGUGGCUUUGGCAGAAUUUGUCAUGAGGGAUUUGUGUUGAAGUACCCUGGGCAUGUUUUUAUACUUGCCUUCUCUGUAUCUUGUUUGAAAAUGUUGACAUAGUGGCCUUGAACUCAUGACCUGUCUGCUCUACCACCACACUGAGCUUGCCGCCUGGAUUUCUUCGUUGUUGGUGUUUGUUCAUUUUAUAACCUGGAUUGUUUGUUUUCUGAUUAUUCAAGUUUAAGGACCUCUUACAGAUUUUGAACCAAUCAUCUAUCAGAUUAUAUCCUAUUCUCUGUUCUAUUCUCUCAUUGUUGACUGUUUUUCAAAGCUGAAGGUUUCUUUUUUACUUUUAAUAAAACCCUGCUUCUCAAUUA